AUGGAUAUGUCCAAAGCCUUUGAUAAAGUUAACCACCAAAUUCUUAUUCAUAAACUUUACAACUGCUUUGGCAUCUCUGGUAGUUUACUCGGUUGGUUCUCCUCCUACUUGUUGAACAGAAGGCAACGCGUGACUGUUCUAGGGGCUACAUCAUCUGAAAAACCUGUUAUGUCUGGUGUCCCUCAAGGUUCUAUCCUGGGUCCAAUACUCUUUCUCCUUUAUGUUAACGACCUACCUGAUGUGGUGAAUAACGCAAACGUAGCUUCUUUUGCUGACGACACAAAAUUAUUCAAGUGUGUCGAUUCUCACAUAGACGGUGCCUCGAUUCAAAGUGAUCUUGAUAAUCUUGAGGAGUGGUCGACUUCUUCUGGACUUGUAUUUAAUCAAAAUAAAUGCAAAUGUCAGAGAAUUACCAGGAAAAAAACUACCACCGAAUUCCCCUACACCAUCAAAAACAAAACCCUCGCAGUAACAACAGAGGAGAAAGAUCUUGGCGUUUGGGUUACUAGUAAUCUGACAUGGUCCAAACACACCCUAGAUCGAUGUGCCGCAGCCAAUAGGAUGCUCGGGUUCGUACGUAGAUCUGCAACGGAAAUCACGGAUAAAAGGAUUCGCCGUGCAUUGUAUUUGGCAGUUGUGCGACCAGCGCUGGGCUACGCCACUCAAGUGUGGUCGCCGCAGUCGGUGGAGCUCAUCAACCGAGUGGAACGUGUUCAACGCCGAGCUUCAAAGUUUAUUCUAGGCCUCCCAUUCAUGUGUGACGUUUCCUAUAAAGACAGACUCAUUUCGACAGAACUUCUUCCCCUCUCAUAUUGGCAUGAAUAUUUAGACUUAAUGUUUUUCUUCAAAGCUAUUACUGGCAUUGUAUCGAUAUCUCAAAAUUCCUUACCUGAACGUAUUGCUCCCGUAAGAGUCACAAGAUCAUCUGCUAAUGUCAACGCAAUAUCAUUCCGUCAACGAAAACAUAAAACAACAACUUAUAAUCGAUCAUUCUUUCUUCGAACAACUAGAACUUGGAACUCUCUCCCGGAGCAUUUAAGGCUUAUUAA